AUGACUGUCGUUGCGAACAACGGCGGCUUCGUCACGCCUGAAGAAACCGAUGUUGUAUACAUUCCCAGUGCUGGCAGAGUCACUGUCCUAAUCAAACUUGAUGCGGAACCAGGCGACUACGCCCUCCGCAUUUCGUCAACAAGCCAGCUGCAGAACCUGCAAAGCUACUCGAUCAUUCGGUACCCGGCCAGCCGUCGCCCCAUCUAUGGAGCGCCGAUGCAACUUCCGCAACCGGCGUCCGCGGAAGACAUCUGCGUGCUCCCGGACGGUUUCACGAAAAAGAGCUGCAAGACUCUGGAAGGCCAGUUCCUGUCGCCAUACCCUGCACUUCCGCCACCGAAAAGCGCCCACUCCCGCCCGGCAUCCGCAGACUUCACUUUCCGUCUCGCAGCUGGGUCGCAGUACUCACUCACGGACCCUUACGUGCCGGAAUACUUCCUCAACGAGAAGCCAUGGCAACUCUUCCGUUCGUCUCUGACGCCGUUACUUUUUCAAGGGGUCGGCUCGAACGUAGAUAGGCCACUAGAGAAGCCCAUCAUCACAGGAAUCCCUGUAGGCAGUGUCGUUGACCUCAUAAUCGAGAAUCAGCUAAACGAUACAAUCCCCUUGUACAAGCACGCCGAGCCCGCGUGGCUCCUUGGCGUCGGCCACAAUGCCAAGUUCCCGUACGCGAGCGUGGAAGAGGCGGUUGCCGCGGACAAAACUGCGGCAUCGUCGCUUAACCUGCGGAGCCCGGGCCUGGUUACGGUCCACGACUUGCCGCCUUUGGGCUGGAGCGUUCUGCGGUUCAAGGUUACCGGCAAGGCGGCGACAAUGAUUCACGCGGUUAAGCUCAGGUACUUCGCGCUUGGCAUGUCAGCUCCCAUCAUGGAGGGCAUUCUUCCCAACGACCCCGCCGAGUUCCCCAGCUCCGCAGCGAAUCGCCCUCAUGUUGAAUUUGAGCCCAAGAACGAUGGUGUGUUCGGUUAG